AUGUUUAAAAUCAGUAAAGAUGCUGAAAGUUCAAUUUAUCAUUUUUAUACAACUGUAAUUAAUAGUAUUCAUUGUGAUCUAACUUUCAGUUACUCUACUCGUAAAUGGAAUACUAGUAAUUGUCGAUCAACAUUGAUGGCUGGCCCACCAGAUGUUAUGAAAAAAGAAACUAUAGUUUUUAAUUUAAUCUCCAAUAUACAAGAAAUAGACGUUAAAAGUGUACAACUGUUAAUCAUCACAACAACAAGUGGUGAACAAGUUCAAUUUGCACGUUAUUAA